AUGAUUUUUACUACAAGAAUACUUUAUUUAUCUUUUUUGAUAUUAUUUUUUAUUGAAUAUUCAUACACUAUAACAGUAGAAGAUGUAUACAAACGUAUAUUAGAACGUGAACGUAAUGUUCAAAAUACAUUUACAGCUCAAUUUGUUAAACCAAUUGGAUCUGUAGGAGGAGAAUUAAUAUGGCCAAGAACAUAUUCAAAACCAUCACAAUUAUUUUUUGAUGAAAAUGGUGCAACAUAUAAUAUACCAAAUAAAAGACCAACAUUAAGACAACUGUUCCAAAGAACACCAUUUGGUUAUAAAUAUAAUGAUAUAGAUGAAGACACAGAUAAUAUGGAUUAA